AUCCUAGCACUAGCAGUCGAAGUGCUCAUGGUUCCGUGUUCAACCUCUCCAAUUCUUUGGCCUUUUCUUGCCAGUUCCCAUUUGCAUGCCUGCAUAUGUGAGCACCGCUGCUUGUGAUCAUUAUGGAACAUUAAUUAAUAUAUGCAAUUCUUCGAUCAUCUUCAUUUUUCCGUCCCUGUUCUUUCUUUCUGCUCUUCCUCUUCUGAAUAGUCACUUGUAAUCUUUACCCGUUUUCUAAACGUUCGCCGGAAAUACAACUGACGGGUUUUCUUUGAAGAUCUGCGCUGAGCAAAAAGAAGAGCAAGAUGAUUCAUAAAAUUACCAGCAUUCGUAAUUUGAUUCAACCUUCCGCAUUAAGCUCUCUUAUAUCAAAGUUGGGAGCUAGCAGCUAUGCAACUCAGGCUGCAUCUUCUUUACAGCAAGCCUGUGAACCGCCAUCAGCCUAUAGCAAUGACGAGUAUGCUGAUAUUGAUUGGAAUGGUCUCGGAUUCGGUGUUAUACCAACUGACUAUAUGUACAUCAUGAAGUGUCCCAGUGAUGGAUAUUUCCAGCAAGGCCAACUUUGCCGAUAUGGGAACAUUGAGUUAAGCCCUUCAGCAGGGGUAUUAAAUUAUGGACAGGGAUUGUUUGAGGGUACGAAAGUCUACAGGAAAAAAGAUGGAGGCCUCUAUCUAUUCCGCCCAGAUCAGAACGCCACCCGAAUGCAAAUUGGUGCUGAAAGAAUGUGCAUGCCCUCUCCAUCCAUUGAGCACUUCAUCAAUGCAGUGAAGCAAACUGCCUUGGCUAACAGGCGUUGGAUCCCACCUCCAGGAAAAGGAUCACUUUAUGUUAGGCCUCUGCUCAUAGGAACAGGACCUGUACUUGGUUUGGCUCCAUCACCUGAAUAUACAUUUCUUGUCUAUGCUUCGCCUGUUGGAAACUACUUCAAGGAAGGAACUGCACCGAUAAACUUAUAUGUGGAGGGUGAGUUUCAUCGCGCUUCACGUGGAGGAGCCGGAGGAGUCAAAAGCAUAACAAAUUAUGCUCCAGUCUUAAAAGCAAUACAUAGAGCAAAGGAUAGAGGAUUCUCUGAUGUCUUGUACCUAGAUUCACUGAACAAGAAAAACAUUGAGGAGGUCUCUUCUUGUAACAUUUUCAUUGUCAAGGGAAAUAUUCUUUCAACUCCAGCAACUAAUGGCACCAUCCUUGAAGGUGUAACACGAAAAAGCAUCAUGGAAAUUGCAAAGGAUCUUGGAUACCAGGUUGAAGAACGUACCAUUCCGGCGGACGACCUAAUCGAUGCUGAUGAAGUAUUCUGCACAGGAACUGCGGUUGGUGUUGCCGCUGUGGGAAGCAUCACAUACAAUGGUAAAAGGUCGUGCUGUGCAGAAGAUUAAGCAGGACUAACCCCCCCAUGAAGAUGAAGUUACUCAAGAGCUAUAGGAACAUUUUCUGAACUUUAAUUUGCUUUCUCAAGGUUCACAACUUUGUUUGGAUGAAUAAGGUAUAGAGAGUCAUCAGUAAUUGGUUUCUUCCGUUUAUGCAGGACUGAAUACGAGAU